UUUGAUCCUCGCUGAAUUCUGUAGCGUUCCGAAAAGGGACGGGAGGGGGCAGAAAGGGGGUGAACGACGUGGAAGUUUCGCGAAUUUAAAGGGUACGGCCGGUACGAAAGGCUUCAAGAUUGCUCGAAAACCGUCGCGCGACGUGCGCAGGAGUGGCAGAGCUGCGGAAAUAGGGGGUGCCGGCGUAAUGCAGCGGGUGGGCGCAGCCGGGGGGCCCGGGCCCAUCGGCUUCCAGGGCCCUCCGAGAUCACUGAAAAUCUCACCGGUCAACAUACAGGAUCAGCCCAACGAUCCCACGCAGAAAGGCAGAAGUUCGCUCUGCGUCGGCUGCGGCGGUCGAAUCCACGAUCAGUGGAUCCUGAGGGUAGCACCUAAUCUGGAAUGGCACGCGGCAUGUUUGAAAUGUGCCGAGUGUCAACAGUUUCUGGAUGAAAAGUGCACCUGUUUCGUGCGAGACGGCAAGACCUACUGCAAGGGCGAUUAUGUUAGGUUAUUCGGCACGAAAUGCGACAAGUGUAGCCAGUGUUUUAGCAAAAAUGAUUACGUGAUGAGAGCGAAAACCAAGAUCUAUCACGUGGAGUGCUUUCGGUGCUGCGCCUGCAUGAGGCGGCUCGAGACCGGCGACGAGUUCGCUCUGAGACAGGACGGCCUCUUCUGCCGACACGAUCACGACGUCCUCGAAGGCGGGAAACACUGCACGGGAGCUGCGGGUAUACCCGGAAGCGAGAACAAUAACAACGCCUCUCUAACGAACAACAAUCAUCAUCUGCACCCGAACGACGGUUCGAUGUCAGAUUCCGGAUCGGAGAGCGGAUCGCAUAAGGCGGUCGGCGGCGUCCGCGGUUCGGGUGGCCACAAAAGCGGCGGCGGAUCCGACGGCAAACCGACGCGGGUGCGCACUGUUCUCAACGAGAAGCAGCUGCACACCCUCAGGACUUGCUACGCCGCGAAUCCGCGCCCGGACGCCCUUAUGAAGGAGCAGCUCGUCGAGAUGACCGGACUGAGUCCGCGCGUCAUCAGGGUAUGGUUCCAGAACAAGAGAUGCAAGGAUAAGAAGAAGACGAUCGCUCUGAAGCAGCAGAUGCAAGAGAAGGACGGGCGUAAGUUGGGUUUCGGCGGCAUGCAUGGCAUUCCCAUGGUCGCCAGCAGCCCCGUGAGACACGAAAGCCCCAUCGGCAUGACGCCGCUCGAGGUCCAGGCUUAUCAGCCGCCGUGGAAGGCGCUCUCGGAGUUUGCCCUUCAUACGGACUUGGAGCGACUGGAUCCCAACGCGCCGUCUUUCCAUCAUCUGGUAUCCCAGAUGCACGGCUACGACUUGCACGGGGGCCCGCCGCCGCAAUUGCCGCCCCCGGGGAUGCUCGGCGGCCCGAUGAGCGACGGCGGGGGCGGACCGUUACCGCCGCCGGGGCCUCAUCAUCCGGGCGGCGGUGGACCGGAUAUGGGCCAGCAUCCCGACAGCACCGACAGCUUCGUUACGUACGUGGAGAGUGACAGUGACUCGUUUCACCAUGAUACGGGAAGUCCAUAGUGUCGUGCGCGUCACGGAUGCAAAGCAACAACAUCAAUAACAACCCCGCCGUCCUUCGCCUUCGUAGCGACUCUCGUCGUGAUGCUCGUCGUAACAGCGAGAUGCUUGCAACGGCGGCAGAUCUGAUAGAAUCGGAAACUGCUCUCGACACGCAUAUUUACGGCGACGAAUUUCAGAUACCAAAGGACUCUCCUUCGUGUCUCUUGUCGAUUUUCCUCGACGAUAAUCAAACGGACUCGGGACGGGACCGGGACACGUAUACGGAGAGAGAGAUGGUUCGCGGAAACGACAUGAUUCGGAUACAUAUUCGGGAAUGAGCGGUGGGAGGGAGGAGGGGGGGGGGGGGAUAAAUAUCGUUAUCUGACGUUACGUUAUUCCGCCGCGCGAAUUGACACAUUUACGCACACAAUUAAUAUUUUCUCCUCAAUUCUCAAAUCUCAUUAAACACUUAAAAGUUUAAACGUAAAAAACUUUGAACAUCCUAUGAGUUAUUCAGCUUGAUUGUAAAUCAUCGACGAUUGUCAUCGAAGAUUAACCGUUACGUUAUUUCGAUUUUCGUCAUUUUUUUACUACAUAUAACGCGUUACUCUUACCGUUAAUAUACAUUAUAUAAAUAGCAGGAUAAAAAUCGCCGCGAUAUUCCUGAAAUUACAGCAUUUUGCCGAAUACUUUUAAACGAUUCUAAGCACAUGUCGUUAACUGCGUGUACAUAAGAAAAGAGAUGUGAGAUCCCGAUAUCCGAUACUGGAAUAAUACACUGUACAUAGUUGCUAAUUGCUGUAAAUCUAAGCAAUGUUAAACCAUGAUGUACUCAGGCGCAAGUUGUAGCGUAGAAUAUGAAUAGUGGAAUAUAUAUAUAUAUAUAUAGGCACAUAUGUUAUAUGUAAAUUUAUAUUAACGCGCAUUAUUCCAGUUAUGUUAAGUUUCACAACGGCAGAGAUAUGCUUGCGAACGUAUUGCCAUACGAUGCGAUUUAUUUAUCCAUCCUGAAUGAGAGAGUUGCCGCGUUAUCGUCGUCGAUAUAUUCUGUAUUAUCUUUCAAGUUUGUAUGUCUAGACGAGAAGCGAUUCUGUAUUUAUAUGAUACGUCUCGUUUAAAAGAUGGAUGAUUACGCUUAAUUACGAAAGAAGCACAAGGGAGCGGUGCUCCUUCAAUUAUAUUGAGCAUAAAGAAAGCUAAAUUUUGACGAAUCUUGCAAUUGAAGUCGCCUUGUAAGAAGCAAGCUAAUUAAAUGAUAAAAAAUUGAUAGGAAUUAAUUAUAAUGUAAAAUUAUGAAUUUCUUCAAUCUUUGAAUCAAGAUUCUUUAGCUUUAUAAUUGUUAAUUUUCCUACUAUUCCAAAUUUCUUUUUAUCUCACAUUCGAUAAUUGUUAUAAAGUUAGCAAUUCUCUAAAUAUAUGGAGGAGAAGAAAUAUAAUUAAAUUUUAAUAGAGAAAUAAAAGUAAAUAUUUUAAAAUAUCAAUGGCUGAUUUUAAGGACUAGUGCAACCGAAUUUAUGACAAAACGCGCAAAGUGAAUUACUUAUUGUAUUCAAUUUUAAUGUUACCUUUAUUCGAUAUUUAUCCUAAAGUAAAUAUAUUAAAUUUUAUAUUAUCAUAAUUGAUUAUUUGCCUCAACUAUUUCGCUUACUGGAUAUUUUCGGUGUUCUGCUAAAAAAUUUUGCUUAUAAAAGAUCGAUGACUAAUUCAACUUUUAUCGUGAAAUGGUCAAAAUUAUUUAAAAUACAAUUGCGAGUUGAAAUCACGAAUAGUAACACUAUAAAAAAUAUUUAGGAAAAUAUAAUUUAUAUAUAUCUUUUUAUUUUCGACAUAUACACGAUAUUCCUAAAUGUGAAUUCGACUUGAUAAUUUAAAUUCUAGGACGUAAUUUAAUUUUCUCGAAUUUAUUAAUGGAUGGAAUUUUAAAAGAUUUAAAAAUUUUAUUGGUAUAUUUCAGUAAAAUAUUGCGUCGAAAAGAUACUUUAGACUCUUUGUGUACUUUUUUAAACUUAUUAAAUUUUUCAGAAAUACGAUAUUAUUAGUGAUCACUUUCCAGGAUUAAGCGUCUUAAAAAUAAAGAAGGAGGAUUUAAAUGUUGGCUAAUGUAUAUCGCGAUUAUUUUUGCAAUUUUUUUUGCAUUGCAUUUCAAGAUCGUUAUAUAACGUUUUCAGAAAUAUGCAUUUCGAGUUUUGUCUCGUACUUUCAGUAAGAAAACGUGCACAAUUUAACGAGUGACGGCGAGUAACCCACUGGAUUGUACAUAAUACUUUUCGGCUAUUCGUUUAAUAAAAAAAAAGAAACAGCGGUAAAUAAAAAUCGCCGCAGACGUAUGCAUGACGCGUGACUAGCCUUUUUGGGUGUUUGUGUAGAACCUACACACCGCUCUCUUGUACGUACACGUGAUUAAAAAAAAAAAAAAAAAAAA